AUGUCCCAGCAAUACCCCCAUCCCUAUCCGUUUCUCGACCUCAGUCCUUCUUCAUCCACCCAACCUCUGCCCACUCCGCCACCCACCACCACCUUCGAUACGCACGCCAACCUACAGCUCCCUACGACGUACUACCCCUACGCCUUCUCGCCCUCCCAGCUCACAGCGCUCCUAGACGAGAGGAUCCAGCAGCUUGGCGCGUAUCCGGCUCCACCUGAACCAGAUAUGAACUUGGGUGGAAUCGAUUUUCCAGCCUUACAGCGGACUUAUCGAAUAACACCUAUCCAACAGCCCGAGCGCUCUGCUGCAUUCGGAGGGGAACGAGCCGUCAAUUACCUCGAGCGCCUACCACUCAGCCCUCCUCUGAUCAUACAGCUGGAUUGUUGGGACUCGCAGGGAGAACUUGAGAUACCGCAUGACGAGCUGCCCUUCCUCGUCGUCCACCUCACUCUAGAGACUACCGAGGGGGACGACGCCACCAUGGUCCAGCUCUCGACCGGCGAGGUCGUAGCGAUGGUGUACGGUACGCUCGUCGCCACUCCGUCCGAAAUGGUCAACACCGAUGGGGCGGCGGGAGUGUACUUUUGCUUUCCCGAUAUCAGCGUGCGGUACACGGGCGAGUUCAGGCUCAAGGCGAACCUGAUGCGGAUGACUGGCGGACAUCCUCUCGCUGCGGCGUAUACGGACCUGUUUGAGAUUGUCGAGCAGUCAGAGUAUAGCGCACCUGCCACCACCGAUCUCACACGCCACUUUGACGCACAGGGCGUAGUCUCGUUCGGUCUGCCUCGGGAUGAAUGGUGA